UUGUGUUUACUGUCGGCCUGAUCAGAGAAACCCCUCCCUCCCCGCGGAGUUCCGGGCAUGCGCAGUGCGUGCUGGCAGUCGGUACUUCCGUGUUGUGCUGCUGUCACCAGCGCGAGGAGCAGCGACGGUCUGUGCUGGACUGUGAUUGGCUGACUGUGGAUGGCCAACAUGGCUGUGAUUGGUCCCUGAGUGGAAGGAGUCAGAGCACACACACAUUUACAUGAUCAGAGCCAAAGAGACAAAAUGAAGAACAAAGUCACCAGCAGCACACAAGUCAGUGUGAAGCGGCGCUCCUGGUCGUGGCAGCAGUACCUGCAGGAGCACGGCGCUGAGGCGGCCGCCGUGUCGCUCUUCACACAGUCCCAGUCGUUUCCCUCUAAGAGAAAUGGUUUUAAAGUCGGGUUGAAGCUGGAGGGAAUCGACCCGCUGCAUCCGUCCAUGUUCUGUGUGCUGUCUGUCGCCGAGGUGAUUGGCUACCGCCUCCGUCUGCAUAUCGACGGCUACUCGGAGUGCUAUGACUUCUGGGUAAACGCCGAUUCACCGGACAUCCGACCGGCAGGCUGGUGCAAAGAAAACAACCAUAAGCUCCACCCACCUAAAGGCUAUAGUGAGACAGAUUUUGAUUGGCAGCAGUAUCUGCAGUCCACCGGCUCGCAGGCUGCAGCAGAGACGCUGUUCAGACCCCACAGCACAGGCGGCGCCCCCUGCAGUCUGCAGGCGGGCAUGAAGCUCGAGGCCGUGGACAGGAAGAACCCGAGCCUCGUGUGCGUCGCCUCGGUCGCCGACGUCAUCGAGCAGCGCUUCCUGGUCCACUUCGACAACUGGGACGACACCUACGACUACUGGUGUGACAGCAGCAGCCCCUACAUCCAUCCUGUCGGCUGGUGUGAAGAGCAGGGACGCCCUCUGACCGCCCCACAGGGUCAUCCCAGUCCAGAGAACUUCCUGUGGGAGGAGUAUCUGGAGGAAACAGGCUCCACAGCUGCUCCCAGAUCAGCCUUCACUGUGAGAGCUCCUCACAGUUUCCAGGUCGACCAGCGGCUGGAGGCGGUCGACAGGAGGAACCCCAUGCUGAUACGGGUUGCCACGGUAACAGAGACAGACGACUACCGAGUCAAGGUUCAUUAUGACGGCUGGUCGGAGCAGUUCGACGUGUGGUGCGACAGCGACCUGUCUGACCUCCAUCCUGCUGGCUGGUGCCAACGCACAGGACACCCACUGGAGCCCCCCCCAGGUCAGAGAGACAGACAGGUCAGACAGACAGCCCUGCCCCCCCUUCCCUCCCCCUCUCAGGGUGUGUGUCCCACUCCAGGCUGCAGGGGAGUUGGACACAUUAAAGGAGCAAAAUACACCGGACACCACAGUGCCUUCGGCUGUCCGUACUCUGACAUCAACAUGCGGAAGGAGGCGGGGCUUCCUGACAGGCUGGGCGGGGAGCGAGUCGUCACCCUCGUACCGGUUACUACCAUGUCGCUCCAUCACCAUGGCAACCAACCCGACAGGGUGAAGACAGAACGUGACUCUGCUCUGCUGCUGGGGAAGAGAAGGAGACUGACAGACAGACUGUCCCAGCCAACCAAAUUCCUCCAUGUCAAACAGGAAGAGGAGGAGCUAAAUCUUGGAGCCCUUGUCCCAGCUCCAGAGUCCAGUCUGCAGGCCGCCCUGCACCAGUCUGUCUUCCUGUCGGCCAUGUCGGCUCAGCCGGGCCGCGACCUGUCGCUCUGCUGGGAGCAGCACCGCAAGCUGCUGCCGGGCGUCGCCGGCCUGCACGCCACCGCCGUCCAGGGCUGGAGCGUCCAGCAGGUGUCAGAGUUCAUCGAGUCUCUCCCCGGCUGUGAGGAGCAGGCCAAACAGUUCAGAGAGGAGCAAAUUGAUGGGCGGGCCUUCCUCCUCCUCACCCAGCGGGACAUCGUUAGGAUUAUGUCAAUCAAAUUAGGCCCCGCCCUCAAGAUCUACAACUCCAUCCUGAUGUUCAAGCACGCCGAAGACAAGAGCCAAUCAGAGGCCGGCGAGGAGCACACCUAAUCCAGCCAAUCACAUGGCUGGAAUUAAUGAAUGAGCCAUUCCAGAGAGCCUGAUUAUAGACUCCUCCCCUUUCUUUAAUUAACCCCGCCUCCUCCUCUGUAGGGGCUGGGGCUCAGCUUUAUAUUCAGGUUGAUGUGUGUGUGUGUGUGUGUGUGUGUGUGUGUGUGUGUCUCAGGGUAGUGUUGCUUCAGGUUUCAUCUCCUCAGGGAAGUGGGCGGGGCUUCAAGUCUCUUGCUGUGUGAAGCAGCCAAUCACAAUGUCUAACAAGUAGUUCGCCAUUACCGCGGUAACUGUUGGGCUCCUCUGCUCUGAAGGGAUUCAACAUCCAAAAUGCUACUGUUACCAUGGAAACAGAGCCUGACUCCGCCCCUCUCACACCGCUCUCAUUUCAGUUAAACUGAAGGAGCAGUGAGACAGGUCAGUCAGAGCAGUGAGACGGGCCGAGUCUGAGGUCUGCAGGCGGAGCAGACCGGCUUGUGGAGGCUGAUGACAUCACGGCGACCCUCCACCAUGUUUCUGUUCUGAUUGGUUUUUAGAUUCUGUUCACUUGAGUCAGAAGCCCCGCCCCCUUGCCAGUCAGCAACCAGUGAUGUUAUCUGUCUGUCUGAAGUUCCACCAGUCAGCUCACAGCGUGUCGUCCUCUCUGCUGUGAUUGGUCAGGGCAGUCGUCAGGGGCGGGAGCGGGCUUCCACACGUCCUGGAACACCUGGAACACCUGGAGAACCUGGAGAACCUGGAGAACCUGGAAGUUGAUAGAAUAGUUUUCCAGUCCUGAAAACAGCUGGGACGUUUUGGCGUUCUGCGGUGUCACAUGUAUGGAAGCCCGGGCAGGUCAAAAACAUGGGAGCCUGCUGCGCUGAUGACCAUGGCACGCUGUUAGCAUGUUGCUAACGUGUUGAGGCGUCACGUGUUGAGGCGUCACGUGUGGAGGCGUCACGUGUUGAGGCGUCACCUGUGGAGGCGUCACGUGUGGAGGCGUCACGUGUUGAGGCGUCACGUGUGGAGGCGUCACGUGUGGAGGCGUCACGUGUUGAGGCGUCACGUGUGGAGGCGUCACGUGUUGAGGCGUCACGUGUGGAGGCGUCACGUGUUGAGGCGUCACGUGUGGAGGCGUCACGUGUUGAGGCGUCACGUGUGGAGGCGUCACGUGUUGAGGCCACUUUGUUCAUGUUGAAUCAUUCAGCUCGUCUCCUCCUGCGAGCGCGACUCAGGUGUGUUUUCUAGUCUCCAAGCAGCUCAGGUGUCAUGUCCCCCUGCAGCGCCCCCUGGUGGAGACAGCAGAGUGUCUCCUGUCCCUCUGAGCUCCAUGUGGCUCUGAACAUGAGCUGACCUCAGAGCAGUGUUGCUGCGCUGCUGAAAGUGACUGAGCAGCAAACAGCAGCUCUGAGGUCAGUGCUGCAGGUCUCUCUGCUGUCUGAAGCUCAUCAUCAGACAGUGAUGGUGGCCUCCAUAGGGGGCGCCGGCGAGCGUCCGCUCUGCUUGUCCCACACACAGGGCAGGGACGCUGCUUCACCUCAGGGAGCUCAGAUGCAGUCCUGCUGUCGCUGUAGAUGAUCUGCUCGGGAGCUUAUUUAUCUUUCUCUGAACAACAAACACUUCUGUAAGUCCUUGAAAGUCCUUGAAAGUCCUUGAAAGUCUUUGAAAGUCCUGGAAAGUCCUGGAAACAGUUUCCUGAAGGGAGGGAACGCUGCAGGAACCUGCGGCUGUACAGGCGGCCAUGUUUGUUGUUUUGUUUUCUCCAAGUGGAGCUCGGGAACACGCCCUGCUGGGAAGUGGGAGGUUUAAACUGGGAAUUCCUAGGACACCUCAAAGGCAGCGUAACACCCUGAGGUGCCCUGACCUGUCUGUCUCUAUGUCUGUCUCUAUGUCUGUCUGCCUGUCUGUCUGCCUGUCUCUCAGCACAGUUCUUAUUCUGAGAUUCUAUAUUUAUAAUUUUGUUAUGUAUUUUGAUGAGGUUCAGUCUCAGGACCCGUCUGUCCUGUCAGGACCCGUCUGUCCUGUCAGGGCCCGUCUGUCCCGUCUGUCCCGUCUGUCCCCUCUGGGCCCGUCUGUCCCGUCGGGACCCGUCUGUCCCGUCUGUCCCGUCGGGGCCCGUCUGUCCCGUCUGUCCCGUCGGGACCCGUCUGUCCCGUCUGUCCCGUCGGUCCCGUCGGGGCCCGUCUGUCCCCUCGGGGCCCGUCUGUCCCGUCGGGGCCCGUCUGUCCCGUCUGUCCCGUCGGUCCCGUCGGGGCCCGUCUGUCCCCUCGGGGCCCGUCUGUCCCGUCGGGGCCCGUCUGUCCCCUCGGGGCCCGUCUGUCUCGUCGGGGCCCGUCUGUCCCCUCGGGGCCCGUCUGUCCCGUCGGGGCCCGUCUGUCCCCUCGGGGCCCGUCUGUCUCGUCGGGGCCCGUCUGUCCCGUCGGGGCCCGUCUGUCAGGCUGCAGGCUGUUUCCUGGUUGUCAGACGUGGCGUGACGUCAGAGAGACAGGAAGACGGCUGUCUUACGCUCUGACCGGUUGGAUGACAGACAGAUUGAAAAAAAAAAACAAUAUUAUUUUAGAAAUUAUUUACUAUGUUAUAUUUUUAAAUGUGUACAAAAAAGUCGCCCGUACAAACAAAAGUUCAUGUUGAUGUUUUUAUGUUUUACGUUUUAAAUUUUUUUUUUUCUAAACAAUUUUUAAAUUUCCUCAAACUUAUCAGAGUAGCUGGCUGCCGUAUUUACAUAACGGCUGGUUGCCAUGGAGACUUGUCCGACGCAUCUGAUAACCAUAAAACAGCCGUGUGAUGUCACCGCUCGCCAGCUGGUGGGCGGGGUUUGUGACAUCACAGCGGGGGUGAUGGGUGUCCUGCCCGCCUGCAGGGGGCGCUCUGCUGUAUAUACUCUGUUUUUACUGAACUCCACCCGCACCAGCCAGACCAAUCAGAUUUGCCCUUUCAGCUGUCAGUCAGGUUUGGAAGGAACAGUUCCCCGGUUGCCACGGUAACAACCCCUUAACUUAAGGUGUCAGUCAGGUUGUGUUGCGUUUACGACCAAAAAUGUUUUCUUAUUUAUAUUCUAUUUUUCUGUGCUGUACCUUUACCACCAAUAAACUCUCACCUGAUCUCACCUGCACCGCCCGGCCUGCUCCUUAUUCAGCCACAACUAGAACCCUCUGGAACCACAACUAGAACCCUGUGGAACCACAACCAGAACCCUGUAGAACCACAACCAGAACCCUGUGGAACCACAACUAGAACCCUGUAGAACCACAACUAGAACCCUGUGGAACCACAACCAGAAUCCUGUGGAACCACAACUUAAACCCUGUGGAACCACAACCAGAACCCUGUGGAACCACAACUUGAACCCUGUAGAACCACAACUAGAACCCUGUGGAACCACAACCAGAACCCAUUAGAACCACAAUCAGAACCCUGAGGACCAGAGCCAGAACCCUGUAGAACCACAACUAGAACCCUGUGGAACCACAACCAGAACCCUGUGGAACCACAACUAGAACCCUGUAGAACCACAACUAGAACCCUGUGGAACCACAACCAGAACCCUGUGGAACCACAGCUUGAACCCUGUGGAACCACAACCAGAACCCUGUGGAACCACAGCUUGAACCCUGUAGAACCACAACUAGAACCCAUUAGAACCACAAUCAGAACCCUGAGGACCAGAGCCAGAACCCUGUAGAACCACAACUAGAACCUUGUGGAACCACAACCAAAACCCAUUAGAACCACAAUCAGAACCCUGAGGACCAGAGCCAGAACCCUGUAGAACCACAACUAGAACCCUGUAGAACCACAACUAGAACCCUGUGGAACCACAACCAGAACCCUGUGGAACAACAACUAGAACCCUGUAGAACCACAACUAGAACCCUGUGGAACCACAACCAGAACCCUGUGGAACCACA